AUUCUGCCAGAGACAUCUCUGAAGAAUCUGCUACAGGCUCUCUUGUCAGGACAUCGUAGACUUGUGGUGACCAGGUGACCAGGUGACCAGGACAGCGACACAGAGAGAUGCACUGGGAGAACAGGCGAGGAUAGCUGGACCUAAAGAAUUCCACUCAUCAUGGGACACACUGAUAAGCUAAGAGGAAGCACAUAAACAAGAAACCAACACUGGAGAGAAAGACUCAGCAAGGCUACAGAAGAGGGAGCUCCUGGGCCAGGAGAUGAAGAAGGAGCCUCACCAUCUGACACAGCUGUCCAAUGAAAGGUCAGAGGAUGGCCUGGGACACUCACACAGAAACCUGGCCCUGGAUUCUUACCAUCACCAUAUGGCUCUGCAGCCGAGUUCUGUGCAACGAUAUCUUGGGACUGAAGCUACCCAAUGAGCCCAUACUGACUCCCAACACCGUCUGCUUGACGCUUCCAGGCUUAAGUAAACGCCAGAUGGGGCUCUGUGUGCGGAACCCUGAUGUGACCGCUUCAGCACUUCAGGGCAUCCAGAUUGCCAUCCAUGAAUGUCAGCAUCAAUUGAAAGGCCAGCGCUGGAACUGCUCCACAUUGGAGACCGGUGGGAAGGUUCCACAUGACAGCGCCAUCCUAAAGAGAGGUUUCCGUGAGAGUGCCUUUGCCUUUUCAUUGCUGGCAGCAGGUGUCAUGCAUUCAGUUGCUACAGCUUGUAGUCUGGGAAAGUUGCAGGGAUGUGGUUGUGAAUGGAAACGCCGGGGAAAUGAAGAGAAGAUCCGUCUGAAGCUAAACCAGUUGCAACUCCAAGCUUUAUCUAAAGUGAGGGGUCUCCCAAGAGACUUGACUCCUCUGCUCCGGGAGACCCCAGAGCCCAGUCCUCAGGACACAUGGGAAUGGGGUGGCUGCAAGCAUGAGCUGGAAUUUGGAGAGAAAUUCUCCAAAGAUUUUCUGGACUCCAGGGAGUCACCAAGGGACAUUCAAGCAAGAAUGAGGAUACAUAACAACCGCGUGGGGAGGCAGGCAGUGACUGAAAACAUGAAGCGCAGAUGCAAAUGCCAUGGGACAUCUGGAAGCUGCCAGUUCAAAACUUGUUGGCAUGUAACCCCUGAUUUCCGAGCUGUUAGCACGCUUCUACUGGAAAAGCUACAGCGUGCUGUCUUUGUGAACUCCCGUAAUAAGAACAGUGGAGCCUUCCAUCCACGUCUCAACAAGAAGAGACUGGCUCGUGAGCUUGUCUACUUUGAGAAAUCGCCGGACUUUUGUGAGAAGGAUCCUCUUGUAGACUCCCCAGGCACUCAAGGGAGGGUAUGCAACAAGACAAGCCACCAAAUGGACAGCUGUGCCAGCCUUUGCUGUGGUCGGGGCCAUAAUAUCCUCAUGCAGACCCGGCGGGAACGUUGCAACUGCCGCUUUCACUGGUGCUGCUAUGUCAUGUGUGAGGAGUGCCGGGUCACACAGUGGGUCAAUGUGUGCAAGUGAAGAAACUUAAAAAUAUCUAAUUUUGUUUGUUAGCAAUUAAUUUAUUCUUCUUAGCACUGAAAAUGUAUGUAUUUCUGGAUUGGAUCCACAUCUCUCCUAAAAUGGCAAAUAACUUGCUAUAUGAUUUAUACCAAUUCCUAAACCAAGAAGACCACCAAAACAAUGCCUAUAUCAAAUUCUAUGUUACCAACUGGACUCUCUCACUGGACUCUGUAAAUGUGUAGAACAAAGAACAUGUAUCCCUAGAUAUUUACAUAGUGGCUGAAGAGAAGGGAUUGUAAACCUUGGAAGGGACACUGUGGCAUCUCAUGACUUUAAUGGAAUUACAAUACAUAUUCAUAUGAUGAGUAUAUUUCCUGUGAAAGGAUGGAAUUUUCCUUACUGAACUUUCCUUUUCAAAAACAUUUGGAACUUGUACAUGUGGAAAUCAUUCUGGCCUUGGUGUACUGGUACUCCGUUUGUGUAACUCCAGGACCCCUGCUUUCUAAUACCUACUGACCUAAUGACAGAUUUAGCCCAGGAGGUCAUAAAGAAUAUAACCAAGAGGCUAAUUUAUUGGAGUUUGUAUACUGAAAUAAAAACAUAUUU